AUGUCGCCUCCGGUCCAAGAUGCUUCCGGCGCCGCCUGCCCUGGCACCCCGUCGCCAAAGACGGUCCUCACCACCGUGGUGGCUGGGUCUCGCUACCUCAUCCACCCCCAGGUCCUGGAAACCAUCAGCCCGGACGCCGUCCUCCCCGUCACCCUGCUCGAGCCGGAGCAGCUGUACCUGCAUCUGGAGGGCACCCUCCGCCUGUUCGACGCGUACGACGACGUCUUCACGCCCGAGUUCGGGAACGUCCUCGUCGAGAAGCCGUCCGGGGGCGGCGCGGGCGGGCUGCGCGUUCCCGCGGGUUCCUUCGUCGGCACGCACGCCAGGUCCGUGAUGCACCUGCGCGACGACACCCACACCCGCGCGCGCGCCGUCUCCGACUUGCCUGCCGGGCCGUACAUUCUGCACGGGCCGAACCUGCAUCAGGCUUGGAAGAUUUACCUCGACACCCUGGAUGCGUUUGCUUUUGGCGUCUACCCCACCACCGCCGUAGACGAAAUCGACGGAUACCAAGUCUUGCAGUUGCCUCCUGACGGCGGCGGCAGCAGCAGCAGCAGCAGCAGCAGCCACGCGUCGGUGCCCGUCCCCUCGCGGCUGUACAGCACCGCGCCUCCGGAAAAGGCUCCUCUCAGGGGCUGCCGCUUCACCAUCCCGGACUGCGUGGCGCUGAAGGGUGUUCCGACCUCCGUCUCCAGCGCCGCGUGGGCCGAGCUGCGCGACCGCACGGCCGAUUCCACCGCCCCGUUCGCCAGGCGACUCGUCGAGCUCGGCGCCGUCAUCGUCGGCACGACCAAGUCUUCGCAGCUGGGAUCCGGCAGGGAGUGGGCCGACGUGGUGGCUCCGCAGAAUCCGCGGGAAGACGGGCACCAGGAUGUCGGGGGAGGCGCGGCGGGCGCGGCCAGCUCGCUGGCGGGCUACGCGUGGCUGGGGGGAUCGACAGGGCUGGACGCAAUCGGCCAGGUGUUGCGUCCGGCGGCUUCGCAAGGGCUGUUUGCGCUUCGCACAUCGACCGGCAUCUUGCCCUUGGACGGCGCCGCAAUAAGCUCCCCAAGCCUGGACGCCAUUGGCGUGUUCGGCACCGACGCCGCUGAGCUCUUCCACCACGCCGUGGCCAUUGUCCACGGAUCGCUCGCCAGCCCGCCGCUCAACUUGCCCAAGCGCGUCGUGUGUGUCACCGAUCUCGGCGACGCAAACGACCAGCACGCGCAUUAUCAGCAGCGGCAUUUUCUCUCGGCAGUGGAGGCGUUCCUGGGCGUCGAGUCCCGCAGCGUCAGCCUGAGCGAGGCCUGGGCUGCGAACCCGCCUCCGGAAGCCCGAGGGCAGUCCCUGCAAGAAUACAUGAAGGAGGCCCCGUUUCUUUCCUUUUGCGCCGACUUUCACAACCAGUAUCGCAGGUUCCGGGACGACUACCAGGCCAAGUUCGGCCGGGAGCCUGCGGUCGAAGCCACGGUCCGGUUCCGCUGGAACCUGGGCGAGAAGGUGACGAGAGCGCAGCUCGACGCUUUCCGAGCCCGCGUUUCCGUCUUCCGGAGCUGGUUCAGCCGCGCGGUAAUGCCUACCGACGAAGGCGGCGACGCCGUCAUGGUGCUGCCCUACGCGAGCGCCGCUCCCCGAUACGAAGCCCCUAAGCCCGCCGGCAUCGAGGGCGUCACCGCCGCGCUCCUCGCGCCUAUCCUCCAGGCGCCGCUUGUUCUCGCACCGUUCGCGCAAGCGCCGUACGAAUCUAGCAUCAGCCACCGGACGGAAUACCACGCCGUCUGCGGCGCUGUCCUCGGGCCCAAGGGCAGCGACGCGGCUCUGGUCAAGCUUGUCGAGGCGACGCUGCGGCAGGCGCGGUGGCGCACGGGUGUCGACAGGGGGAGGUUUGCCUUUCCUCCCCGGCAGGAUCAAGGGAACGCCGUGGGCGGGGGUGGACAGCCGUCCAGUCGUGUAGACGCGUGGUAG